AUUGGGGUGAUACUUAAAUCUAAGUUCUACACGUGAAAUCGAAUAUAAUUGUUCAGAAACAUUUGAUAGAAAUUGAUCUUAUGUAAAGUGUUCAAUCAUGAAGAAAAGUUUUUUAUCAGAUGUACCAGGCUGUGCCCCACAAUUACUGGCUGUUGUUUUAGGAACCUUGAACGCCAUCUCCGACGGCAUGCAGUUCGGAUGGACCUCGCCGAUGGUCCCCAGGUUCCAAACUCCAGACGCCCCUUUCCAGAUCACAGAGACCGAUGUCACGUGGCUGGAGAUGACCUACAUGUUGAGCGGUAUUGCUGGAAUGCCGAUAACUAUCUAUCUGGUAGACACCAUCGGCAGGAAGAAAUCAGUCCUGCUUGCCUCUGCUAGCUGCUUGAUAGGUUGGGUUUUGAUAGGCGUCGCUGAUAAGGUCUGGUAUUUGUAUGCAGGACGUCUCAUCAACGGCCUGGCAGCAGAUAUAGCCUUCAUAUGUUCCCCCAUGUACGUGGCGGAGAUAGCCCACCAGAAGAUACGCGGGUUUUUGUCUGGCCUGAUUUAUGUCAUGGUGUUCGGAGGGAUCUUGCUCAUUUACUCUAUUGGACCUUUCGCUCCGGUCUACGUGCCGGCCAUGGUCGGUUCCGGCGUCCUACUGAUACAACUCUGUACCUUCCCCUUCAUGCCAGAGUCACCCUACUACCUCCUCUACAAAGACCGGAAGGAAGAGGCCAAAAAGUCUUUGAUGCAACUACGAGGUCUCGAAGGCCCCCAAAUAGAGGAAGAACUAACAGACAUUGCCGCAGCCAUCGCCAGACAAAAGAAAGAGACCGGCAGACCCUUGGAUCUGAUCUUGGUGAAGAGCAACAGAAAAGCCGCCACCAUCAUGACUAUCCUCAACGCAGCGCAGCACAUGGCAGGGGUCACCGUCAUCACCAUGAAUGUCCAUUUGAUAUUGACAGCCGCAGAAUCAAUCUACCUAUCACCUGAAACUUCGGCCAUUCUGUUUGGAGCUGUCAUGCUUGUCGCAACGAUAAUCUGUCUGCUCCUAAUCGACAUGUUUGGUAGGAAGAUACUCCUGAUCAACUCCGCCUUGCUUUCAGGUAUAACUCUUCUCACUAUGGCGGUAUUUUUCCACCUAAAACACAACGGUGUGGACGUUUCUGCAGUUAGUUGGAUACCGAUUGUGUGCGUUAUGAUGUUUGCUGCUUUCUUCAAGUCUGGCUUAGGUAUCAUACCCAUAGUGAUGACGGCAGAGCUGUUUCCCGCCAAGAUAAAGGCGCUGGGUAUGGGGUUUGCUGACAUUGUCUACAUUCUCUUCUCUUCUGUGUCCAUCUACGUCUACCGUUAUCUGGUGGAAAGUAUAGGCAUAUUCUUCCCUUUCUACAUAUUCUCAGCCUGCUGCUUUCUGACGGGAUUGUUCACCUUCUGUUUCAUACCCGAGACGAAAGGAAAGACCUUGGAGGAGAUCCAGAUGAUAUUGAAGAAAUGAUUGUGGAAUUUUAUGGUGGAAACGUUCCAACAUUUUUAUUGAGCAGAGAACAAUAGGAUGGAGAUAAUCCGGUUAAUCUUGUUCUCGUGAUUAAAUACUUAUGCAAUAGUUAAGUGAAUGACAAAUUACAAUUACAAAUAAUUUUUGUAACAACUGAUUAUUAUAUUUAACCGUUAGCCAACAGACAGUGUGACAUUUGGCUAUCUGUUUAAAGAAGAAUUCGAUAUUAUAAACUGUUGAAAUAUA